GGGCGGCGCUGUCAGCGCGCGGCGGCGGGCGGAAUGCAGCGGCCGGAGGCCUGGCCACGUCCGCACCCGGGGGAGGGGGCCGCGGCGGCCCCCGCCGGGGGCCCGGCGGGACUGCGGUUGCAGGAACCUUCCCUCUACACGGUCAAGGCUGUUUUCAUCCUAGAUAAUGAUGGACACCGCCUGCUGGCCAAGUAUUAUGAUGACACAUUCCCCUCCAUGAAGGAGCAGAUGGCCUUCGAGAAAAAUGUCUUCAGCAAGACCAGCCAAACGGACAGUGAGAUUGCAUUUUUGGGGGGCAUGACCGUCGUCUACAAGAGCAGCAUUGACCUGUUCCUGUACGUGGUGGGCUCAUCCCACGAGAAUGAGCUGAUGCUCAUGUCUGUUCUCACCUGCCUGUUUGCAUCCCUGAACCACGUGUUAAGGAAGAACGUGGAGAAGCGCUGGUUGCUGGAGAACAUGGACGGAGCCUUCCUGGUACUGGACGAGAUUGUGGAUGGCGGCGUGAUUCUGGAAAGUGACCCUGAGCAAGUGAUCCAGAAAGUGAAUUUUAGGGCAGAUGACAGCAGUUUGACUGAACAGAGUGUGGCCCAGGUCUCUGCCCAGACUAAUCCUGCUUUUAUGGAGCUUCCUGCCCAGGCACUAACUACCUCCUGCCGUGGUGGCCAGGCCAAGGUUCUUCAGUCUGCCAAGGAACAAAUUAAAUGGUCGUUACUGAAAUGAAGGCUGUGCAUUCAAGGUUCCCUGCCCCCAGGCCAUUUCCCCAAAGUGCAAAGACCCCAGGGGACAGAAGGGACCCCUCUGUAUCCCCAGGUUCUCCCAGAACCGACUGCUGAGGUCUGUGGCCAAGGACUUGAUAUGCAAAAGUUUGGCUUCAGGAGUGAGUCACCCUUUCUCACUGCCCUGGCCUGCCCUUGGGUCAUGAGAACCAGCUGAGCUGCCUUAAUUCAUCCCUGGCCCCAGACCCUUAAUAAACCUGCUUUUGUCUCUUG